AUGUCGUGGCGUGAAGCCUUGAAAAAGCCAGUGGCUAAACCGACCGCACCCAAACCGAAAUUCGUUUCUAACAAUGACGAUUGGGAAACAGAUAUUAGUUACGAAAAUCAAACAACAGAAAAGUCGCAACGAUAUGGUUCGACAACCGUUCCUGGUUCUGGCCGCAUCGAUCACGUUGACUUUAAAUCAAUGCAAGAGAAACUUAAAACAGCCGAUCAGACUGUCAAACAAGUAUAUCAAGACAAAAAUCCUAAUCGAGGUUAUGGCGGUAAAUUCGGAACCGAUCAAGUGAUGGAUAAAUCUGCCGCAGAUUUUUCAUACAAAGCGGAUAUACAAAAACAUUCCUCACAGACAGACGGGAAAAAAGGUUUCGGCGGUGCAUAUGGCGUUGAUGAACGUGCGAAAGACAAAUCUGCUCUUGGUUUUGAUUAUAGAGCAGAAGUGGAAAAACAUCCGUCACAAACAGACUUUUCCAAGGGUUUUGGUGGAAAGUUUGGCACUGAUUCGAAUGCACAAGAUAAAUCAGCAGUUGGGUUUUCUCACAGAGAAACUGUACCGAAACAUUCUUCACAAAAAGAUUACAGUAUGGGUUUUGGUGGUAAGUAUGGUGUUCAGAAAGAAGAACCUGACCGUUUGAAUGCUCCGAGCUCGCCACCAUCAGAACGGAAAGUUGAAGAAAAACCUGCACCGCCUACUGGCAGUAGUGCAGGCGUUGGCAACAUUCGAGCACGAUUUGAAAAUAUGAAAAAAGAACAGGAAGAGGAGGCUGCGAAACGCGUAGCUGAAGAACGAAAUAAACGAGCCGCUAAUGAUCAGAAAUUAGCGAGUAAUGGGCACGCUAAAGUGAAUCAUUCCGAAGUAUCUCCGCCUCCGGCCACACAGCCGAAACGAGACCCGUCGCCACCCAUCCCACAACCUGUGGUGGCACCACCAGCACCCACACAAAUUUAUACACCGACUGUCUAUGAAAAUAUCAGUAACAACUCUGAACCACAACGACCAACGGCAAAAGAAGAGCCAGUGACAUUUGUUGGCAAUGUCAAUGUCUCUACGUUAUUACGACAACGAAAAGCGUCAUCUUCCUCAUCUAAAAACGGAGAUAAUGAUGAUGAUGAGUGGGCUGAACAACCACAAGCACAUCAUCAACCAUCAACAUGGCAAAGAGAUCCGUCACCUACGCCGGUCCACCAACCGGAGCACUCAGCAGACAAUGGCCAAGAUCAAGGUAUUAGAUGUAUAGCACAUUACAGUUAUCAGAAAACUGAAGAUGACGAAUUAGGUUUCGAAGAGAAUGAAAUUAUUACCAAUGUGCAAAAAAUGCAUGAAGAGUGGUGGUUUGGUAAAAUUGGAUCGAGAUCCGGCCUUUUUCCAUCUAACUACGUUGAAGAAAUUUAA